AUGGCGGACGCUGUAGGCAAUGUUCACAUUCUGCCCUUUCCCAUCGACUCACUCGACAAGAGACAAUUCUACUGCAGCUCCGGUCAAGUCUACAGAAACGGAGCAUGCUAUGAACGCGGCGCAUGGUACUGGUGGGGACGCUGGGUUCUCGCCGCCGUCGUCGUCGGCAUCGCACUUCUGAUCCUCAUCUUCUGCAUGAACUCCCGCCGUCGCAGAAAGCGCGGUGUCCAGCCCUUCUACGGCACCGGAUGGAUGAGCAACAACAAUAAGCACAAUCAGCAGGGCACCUACGCCUACAACCAGCCGUACAAUGGCCAGCAGCAAGGAUACGCAGGCUACCCCCAGCAGGGCGGCGCCUACCAGAACCCGCCUCCGGCUUACGGGCCCGCUCAGCAGCAACCUCAGUACACUGGCACCACUUUCAACCCAAACGAUGGAUACUACGGCGGUCACAACGAGGGUAUUCACCUGCAGCAGCCGCAAAACGCCUACCAGCGGGAUUCUUACGCCCCGCCUGCUGGCCCGCCGCCCGGAAAGUAG